CAUUAAAGAAAAUCUUAAAAUGUUUAAAAAACUUGGUGUUUUUGUAUGCCAAGCUAUUAAGACUAUUCUUAUCGUGCAAGACAAUCAUAAAGAUACACAAAAUGCUAUUAGAAAGUGUGAUGAAUAUAUGAUUGAUCUGGAAAUUCUAACCAAACUUG